UAAGAAAAUAACUGUUAUAGCACGUUAGGUAAUGCGAAUUCGGAUAACUUUUUCGACUCCCUCGAGAAAGUCCUGCCCCGAAACGGAGAUCCUGACUUUCAGUCCGUGAAAGUUGUAAUGCGGAACUGGACGGAAACUCCCGGAUAUCCGGUGGUAACAGUUAAGAAAGUCAAACAGGGCUACCAAUUGACACAGGAAGGUUUCGCGAUCGAUUCGGAAGAUACCAAGUGGUGGAUACCCAUCACUUAUACUGGAGAAUCUCAUCCCGAUUUCAAUGAUACGCUUUCUUAUGAUUGGAUCCCUCCGAACGAGGAACCAUUUAUCCUAAAUAAUUCUGAAACAAAGGGGUGGGUCGUUUUCAACAUCCAGCAAGUAGGUUACUAUCGCGUGAAUUAUGAGAUAGAAAAUUGGAAACUGUUGAUAAAAGAGCUGAACAAGGGGAACAAUACAAAAAUACAUCCAGUGAACCGUGCGCAGAUAGUCGAUGACACCUUCAGCUUAGCUCGUGCUGAGAGAUUGAACUACACGGUCGCAUUCGAUGUGAGCCUCUUCUUAACGCACGAGGCUGAUUACAUACCCUGGCAAUCGGCGUUCAGGCAUUUGGGCUUCCUGCAGAACUUAUUACGCACCUCUAAGAACUAUUACAUUUUCAGGCGUUAUGUGGCAUACCUGAUGAAGACUUUGACGAAGAACGUGGGUUAUGAACCGAAGGCGAAUGACAGCGAUCUCGUAAAAAUGCUCAGAGUAGACACAAUAAAAUGGGCCUGCGAGGCUGGUGUCAAGGAAUGCACAUUCUAUGCUAAGAAAACAUAUCAACAAUGGAUAGAAAAUCCAUUGAAGAAGAAGGCGAGUAGGAACGAGUGGUUUGAUACUCUGGAGUAUAUAAUUACAUCUAACCUCGAUGAGGACGAUAAAAAGGAUCUGCUGAUGGCCCUAGCCUGUUCCAACUCGUCUGAGAUUCUGAUGACAUACUUAACCUUAACUUUCGAGCCAGGCUAUCCGAUUGAUUUCAAGACCGGCGUGAAAAACGUGUUGUCCAAAUAUCCGGCUGGUGUCGAGCUCGUUUCGAAGUUCCUAUCCAAAGAAGACAAACGCAUCAGACCGAAUUUGUAUCCCAAAAUGAUACGAAUCGCCGAAGCGUUGGGUAGAACAAUUACGAAUGAGCAACAGUUUCUUAAUUUGAGCAAAUUUUGCCAUAAUAACAAACUGAUGCAACAAUUGGAAAUUGCUACGAGAAAGGCAACAGCGAACCUGAUAUGGAUUAACAAGUACAAGUCAACUGUAGAUAAGUGGUUGAGUGCUAACAGUCGUUUAUUCAAGAGCUCUGAUAGUGGAGGUAAUAUUGCCAGCUCGAUGGUCACCGCGUCAGUUUCUCAUUGUUCAUCAUUCGAUUGUACUAAGGAGGAGUUAUAA